ACUUGCAUUUGAAACGUGACUCAACACAAAACAAAAGUACCACUCGUUUGAAGUCUUGUUUCUCGAGCUGAUCCACACGUGAAGACAUAUCGGACAAUGUUUUUGACACGAAGUGAAUACGACAGAGGAGUCAACACUUUCUCUCCUGAGGGCCGACUCUUUCAGGUGGAGUACGCCAUCGAAGCCAUCAAAUUGGGUUCGACGGCAAUCGGCAUUCAGUCGACUGAGGGUCUGGUGUUGGCGGUGGAGAAGAGGGUGACCUCAACGCUGAUGGAGGCGGCGGCCACUGAGAAGAUAUCGGAAAUCGAUACUCACAUCGGAUGCGCGGUCAGUGGUCUGAUGGCCGACAGUCGCACUCUGGUGGACAGGGCUCGGGUGGAGGCACAGAACCAUUGGUUUCUAUACAACGAGAAGAUGUCUGUGGAGUCGGUGACCCAAUCGGUGUCAAACCUGGCCAUACAGUUCGGUGACUCGGACAACGAGGGCAACGCCAUGAGCCGGCCCUUCGGUGUGGCCAUACUGUUCGCCGGCAUCGACGAGAACGGGCCGCAGCUCUACCACAUGGACCCGUCCGGCACUUACGUCCAGUGCGACGCCAAAGCCAUCGGCGCCGGCUGUGAGGGCGCCCAGCAGUCGCUCAAAGAGGGCUACCAUAAGGCAAUUGAUUUGAAAGAAUCGCUUAAAGUAUUGCUGAAUAUUCUGAAGCAAGUGAUGGAAGAGAAGCUGAACUCCACUAACGUAGAGGUGGCCACCAUUACGAAGGAUAAGGGCUAUCAUCUGUUCACUAAAGAGGAAGUCGAAGAACUCAUACAGAAUAUGACCACAUAAUCGACUCAUCCGUUGAGCACUACUUUGAUUAUAAAUUAAAACUUUUGGUAUUUUUAAAAAAUUAUUUCUUACAAACUAUUAAUGAAUACUUCGAUUUGUUUUAGUCUUUUAUGUCUUAAUAAGUAUAAUAAAAGGCCUAAUAUUUAAAACACUAUAAA